AUGGUCGAUUACUUUUACAUAUUUCCAAACGAAUUAUCUAGUUUAGCUCUUCUGGGCAUAUCUAAUAUGUAUCCGAUAUUAUUCCUUUUCGUUCUUCUAAUUGAUACCGCUAAUCUGAUGGAUGUCACAUAUUACGAAAUAUUGGGGGUAUCUAAACAAGCGACAACACAGGAGAUAAAACAGGCAUAUAAAAAACUGGCAAUUAAGUAUCAUCCCGACAAAAACUCUAAUGAAGAAGAACAAGAAAAAUUCAUAAAAAUGACUGAGGCGUAUGAAACUUUGAAAGAUCCAGAAAAAAAGGCGCAAAUAUGA